ACAGAGAAUCCCACAACUGAAGUCGCCGCGACUUGGUUGCCCAUAUUCGGCACUGAGCUCUCGGUUUCUCGACCGAACUCUCCGCCAUUUGGGAAGGCGUCGGAUGGAGUCGCAUCGCCCGUUCUUCCUCCUCCUCCUCCUCCUUCUCCCUUCUUCUUCUUCUUGCGCUACCCCGAACCGUCACCGAGCAUAUCCUCGUCAUCUGUUGUGGUCGGCAGAGAGCCUCAUCAGGGACCUCAACCUCCUCCCGGGAAUCCAAGAACUCGGAGCGGGAACUGAGGCGGACGAUCCAUCGAGCCCUCGCCUCGUCGAGCGAAGGCUCGAUCUCCGAAUCCUUGGGGAGAGCGGAUCGGAGAUUCCCGUCGAGCAGCUGGGUCAUCACGCAGGAUACUAUCGCCUAGAACACACUCAUGCCGCCAAGAUGUUCUAUUUCUUCUUUGAGUCUCGAGGCAGAAGUAGUGACCCGGUUGUCAUUUGGCUGACCGGUGGUCCUGGAUGCAGCAGUGAACUGGCCCUAUUUUAUGAAAAUGGUCCCUUCAAGAUUGCUGAUAACAUGUCACUUAUAUGGAAUGACUAUGGAUGGGACAAGGUUUCAAAUAUUAUCUUCGUUGAUCAACCCACUGGAACUGGCUUUAGUUAUAGUACAGACUUAAGAGACCUUCGCUACGGUGAGAAAGGUGUUAGUGAUGACCUAUAUGAUUUUUUUCAGGCCUUUUUCAAGGAGCAUUCAGGUUUCUUAAAGAAUGACUUCUAUAUAACUGGAGAAUCAUAUGCGGGACAUUAUAUUCCUGCUGCUGCCGAAAGAAUUCAUAGAGGAAACAAAGAAAAGCAAGGUCUUCUGUUAAAUUUAAAGGGUUUUGCCAUUGGCAAUGGGCUAACAGAUCCUGCUAUUCAAUAUGGAGCUUAUGCUGAUUAUGCACUUGAGAUGGGUAUUAUCGGACAAAGAGCACAUAAUAGCAUCACCAGAAUAUAUCCUGUUUGCCAACUUGGAAUAAAGCUCUGUGGUUCUUCUGGGGUUAUAUCAUGUGUUGCUUCUCUAAUUGUCUGCAACUCCAUAUUCAAUGCAAUUUUACUUCUUGCUGGAGAUAUUAAUUACUAUGAUAUCCGGAAAAAAUGUGAAGGGAGUCUUUGUUAUGAUUUUUCAAACAUGGAGAAAUUUCUGAACCAGGAGUCCGUGAGGGAUGCUCUUGGUGUUGGAAGUAGGAAGUUUGUAUCAUGUAGUCCUCUUGUGUAUGAAGCCAUGAUUACUGACUGGAUGAAGAACUUAGAAGUGGGUAUUCCUACUCUUCUUGAGGAUGACAUCAAAUUGCUGGUAUAUGCUGGUGAAUAUGAUCUCAUUUGUAAUUGGUUGGGAAACUUAAGAUGGGUUAACUCGAUGGAAUGGUCAGGUAGUCAGAAUUUUACUAAAGCUCCAUUCAGACAAUUUGCUGUCCAUGGCAAAGAGGCUGGAAUCUUAAAAACACACGGGCCUCUGAGUUUUAUAAAGGUCCAUGAUGCUGGUCAUAUGGUCCCAAUGGAUCAGCCUGAAACAGCACUGGAAAUGCUCAAGAGAUGGAUGAAAGGAAACUUCAAUGAAGAAUGGAACAUCACUGCAGUUGCUGUAAUGUAAUAAUACUAAACAAAGGUGUUCAUCAGCUUGAUGUACAGUAAGCUGCUCACUUUUGUGUCCUAUAGAGACAGCUCCUUACGGUGGUGUUUAUGGAUGCAUGUUGUGUAUAUGUUCCAUGUACAUAUGCAAAUAGUUUUCUUAUGUAACUUAAAACAUCCAAAUGCUGGAAACAUCUACAGCAAGAUCAGUGUAAACCUGCUUAAUGAGCUUA